AGUUUAUUUAUGCGCUUGCGGCAGACAUGCCGGUCCUUGGGAACGCAAGAUUCUGCUUUGUGCAUCUCGGAGUGAAUGAGUUCGUUUCAUGUCAAACUUGUCGGAAAUACGUGAGAGCUAUACUAAAUAGCUUGUGAGAUACGGAAGCGGACACUGGUAUUCUUCUUCCAACCAUCAGUUUGUCGUGGCUUUACAAUCAACUUUUGCUGUCCUUGUUGGAGCAAACCCCUGACUGAAAAGGACGAUCUUUGCACACGUCGAGGUCAGAAUAUGUCCACCAAUUCAGUCGUCGUCAUUGGACUCGGUGCAAUGGGUGGCGCCAUCGCUGUCCGUCUAAAGGAGCAAGGCGUGGACGUAACAGGCUACGAUAUCAAUCCCGAGGCUCGAGAGCGCUUCCGGGCAGCUUCGGGGAAGGUUGCAGCGGAUGUCGAGGUCGUCCGCACCGCCGAUACGGUCAUUACGAGCUUGCCAAACGACGACAAUCUGUGCGCCUCGCUGAAGGAGGGCGGCGUGAUAGAGCGACUGCAGCCGCAUCAGACCUUCAUCGAGAUGAGCACAACACUUCCGCAGACAAUGGUAGACGUAGCCGAGUCUCUGCGAAGCAAGGUCCGGGGAGUAGUCGACGCGCCCGUCAGCGGCGGGCCAAACGAAGCCAAAGCCGGCAAGCUGAGCAUCCUCGUUGGCGUCGAGGGGAAGGAUGGAGACGGCGAAGGAGAUCUUGCGCCCGCGACCAGAGAACUCCUGUCCAACCUGGGCACUGUCCACAUCAUCGGCCGGCCGGGCAAUGGCAAAGCGUUGAAGCUCGUCAACAAUGCCAUAUCGCUAAGCAAUACGGCACUCGCCAUGGAGACUUUCCAGCUCGGCACGGCACUGGGCUUGGAUCGCGAAACGAUGUUCAAAGUCAUCAGCACAUCAGGAGGAUCAUCGACCAUGUUCAAAAAGCGCAUUCCAUAUGUGCUGGACAACGACUACUCCGCCCGAUUUUCUGUCUCUCUCGCAGAAAAGGACACGCGAUUGGCAUUGCAGACGGCUGGGAAACUGCACUUCCCAACCCCUCUGCUGGCAAAUGUGCAUCAGCGGUAUGAGGCUGCCAUGGCACAAGGCUUGGGGAAUGAAGAUAUUGUAGCACUCAUCAAGCUUUAUGUGCGAGAGUGACAUUGAAACGGUAACUACCCCUAAGACGCAUCGACACCCGUGAACGUACGCAGUUCCGCAAUGGUGAGGUGGAAAGUGGCGUGACAUGCCGAACGAGGUGCCCUUUGAUGAAAGGGCAUGCUUGCUGG